GGAAAACAAGUCACAAUGCCAGCAUAUGAAGCGCCUUGUGCGGAGCAAUGUGACGCCCCUCGGACCCCAAGCUUGGGUACUUCUCUGUCUUCUUCCGAAGUCUCAGGCACGAGUUCCCCAGAGCCGCAAAAUUUAAGACCUUCUCCAUUAUUCAGAGCCCUAGCGAUGCCGCCUCCAGACCCUGAGCAACCACCGGGUCAAGAGGAGCUAGAGCGUCGUGUGCCUGGUUAUCGACGUAUUGUCAUACCACGGGAAUUGACUCUCAUAGAGCUCCUUAAACAAAGCAGCGGGGCAUCUACAGACGAAGAAGUGCUACAAAUUCGAGAGGCCAAACUCCGCGUAGUGGCUGAACGUGUUGGGCUGAGGCGUCUCCAUGUUUUAGCUCCAUGUCUUCGAUCAUUGACAUUAGACGGAAGCGCUAUCUCCUCGCUGCGAGACCUUGGCAGCGGCUUGGUGCACUUAAAGAUCUUGAGCGUAAGUCGCUGUGGCUUGACUUGUUUGGACGGAGUGUGGGGCUUGGGGUCUUUGAGAGAACUACAUGCCGCUGGUAAUCGCCUCCAAGACUUACAGCCUUUGGCCGCCCUUCGGAAGUUGCACACGCUCAACUUGGCAGGUAACCCGAUAUCGGAGAUUAAUCGGCUGUGGACUCUAUCUGUGUGCACAUCCCUACGACGUCUUACUCUGCAAGGGACUCCAGCAUCUGACGAACCGGACUACCGCACACGUGUUGUUAUGUCUCUGCCCAUGUUGAUACAUUUGGAUGGUCUACCAUUGCUUACAGAUACGGAAGACGAAAUCGAGAACAUGUUCGAUGAAGCAUCGUCGGGUUCUGAGUGUGAAGAAGAGGAACUGCCCCUAUCAAAGCCGGAACCACCGCAGCUGCCUGAUAAACUAGCACCUGGAACUUCACAUGAGUCAAUAGCUGAAAAUCCGGAAAGCGACGUCGGCGGUCCUGAAAACUUCGAUACCGCAAACAAUUUGCCCAAAAUUCAACAUUGUCGGCGUCCAGCCACCACAGAAGGUGCAGGAUUAAGACCUUUGCGACCGAAUAUCCCACCGCGACCAAAAACUGCUCAAGAACGACCUACUGUUGAUGCUCCAACGAGACUACAGAUUUUAAACACUCUCAUGGACGAAGAAUGGCGUUGCAGUGGGAGCAAGCUGACAUCUGCUGGAACAGUCUGUGGGAAUCUUGCUCAAGCUCUACGAAGACCUGCUUCGGCGCGGCGAUGUACACAAGCAGACUGA